AUGACCCUGCCUCAGGUUGUUGAAAGCCAGGAUGAUCUCAUCCUGCCCAAAAAAGUUCCUAAUCCAGUUCUAGAGUCUUCAAGUCACAGAAGUCUGCACAGAGAACUACUGUUAAGCCACAAAUGGGGGCUGCUCCCUGAAGAAAAGCCAGAGCUCCAACGUGUGCUGGAACAGCGGAGGCUGGAGCAGCACAAAGAGAGGGAGGAGGCCCUACGACCUCGGUCUGACCUGGAGCGGAAGCUUCGCAAGAGGAAAGAAAGAUUGCUAGCGUAUGAACUGGAGGAGAUGAAGCGCAGGAAAGACUUGGAGAAUGUUCCAGAAUUUGUGCGAGUGAGAGAGAACCUGAGACAUAUCCAGGUGUCUGGCUAUUAA